GUUUAUUUGCACUACAGCUCAUUCACUUUGAAAACAUCCACCGAAGGACCUCAUUGCUGCUCUCUUUUUUAAAUUGGACUUGUUUGGUGAUGGCAGCCCUGUCUGUGAAUAUUGCAACAGACAACAUGUUACUCCAUAUCCUCUUUCUUUCGGGUGCUUUGGCUACUUGUCCUCAAGAGUCAAACCUCUUCAUUACUGUACCACAGAUGGAAGCUCUGAGUGGGUCUUGUUUACAAAUCCCAUGUAACUUCAGCGGUGAACCCGAAAUACCGCUUAAUAACAGCAAUUAUGUUGGAAUCUGGACUAUAGAAGAUUCUAAUCAUAAACCAAACACUGUGGUUUUCAGCAGUAUAAACCCAGGUAACAUCUAUCCAAUGAAUAUUACUGGAAACCUGAGUGAGAAAGACUGCACCACUUUAUUUUCCAGUUUAAUCAUAAAUUACACAAACAAUUACUACUUCAGAAUUGAGAGCAGUGCAUUCAGGGCAACAGCUUCUUGUGAUCCUCUUCAAAUAACAGUUAAAGAUUCCCCCCCGAGCCCCAGAAUUGAGAUCUCAGGUGAUCUGAAGGAGAAGGAGUCUGUCACUAUAAGCUGCUCAGCUUCCACUCCCUGUCCACACUCCCUCCCAAACCACCGCACCUGGAAUCUCCAACAAGACCCUCCCAACAACAUAGAGGAGAACACAAAUCGGACUUUGACAACUAAAAUCCAGAAGACCAUCACUCUGUCAGACACACAUGAUGGAUUCACCAUCAACUGUUCUGCCACAUAUCCUGUGAAUGAAGGAAGAGAAGUCAAGACAGCAGAGGAGAGAAAGACUCUCAAUGUUUCAUAUGCUCCCAAGAACACCUCAGUGUCCAUCAGUCCAUCAGGUUUGGUGUCAGCAGGUAGCUGGGUGAACCUGACCUGCUCCAGCAGAGCCAAGCCUCCCGCCAGCUUCAGCUGGUUCAAGAACAGCAAAGAUGGAGCCAUCAGUGUAGCUGAAGGAGUCUUUUACAGCGUCAAAGUGACCAGUGUGACAGAUAUAGAAGAUUAUUACUGUAUGGCCACAAACAAGCUUGGUAAUGAAACAUCAUCAACAAUCCAUCUGAAUGUUAAAGCCGAAUCUCCUGAUCCAUCUCUACCAUUGGGGCCAGUUAUUGGAGGAAUCAUUGGGAUCAUCGUUCUCAUCUCCCUGGUGGUCUGUGUUUGCAUUCUGUGUAGGAGGCCGAUAAAGUUGACACAUUCAACUCAACGACUGAAUCAGAGUCAAACAGGUGAAGAGCUGACUGUUAAAGAGCCAGCAAGAAGAACAGAACAAGAAGAAGAAAAAGAAGAAGACAUCCAUUAUGGAGAGAUCGACUUCUCCAAGCUGAGGCCUGAACUGUCCUCAGAGCAGGACAGAGGACAGCAGCAGGACACGCUGUAUGCACAGGUCAAAGUGUCCCAGACAGCAAACAGCCGAACACAGACUGCUGACGGCCCAGAGGAUCUCUACGCUCAAGUGAAGACAAAAUAGAGUUGUUUUGUUUGUGUACAGCAAGAUUGCAUUUGAUUCAUCUGAAAUGUACUUUUAUUUUUAUUUAUCAGAUCUUGUUUAUGUUCAACAGUAGAAAAACAACACUGGAUCCUGGACAGGAAAAUAUAAUUUUCAUUGCCUACCGUUCAAUAAAGGGAAACUCAAAACCUCUA